AUGCAUAAAAACUUAACGAGACUUUCACUUCGUACUUUAAAAGCUCUCGGAAUAGAAAGUGAUCUAUAUAGGAAGACGACAAGGUAUCCGAUAAGGUACCAGUCUUUUCAUACAACCUCUAUAAAAUGUUUCUCUAUACCACCCAACGAUCCGCCGAAAACCUCGGCAUCGCCAAUGAAGCCCGAUAAUUCUGUAAAUUCGAACUCAACUACAGAUAACUUGCCGAAUUCUAAUCCAGGAAAUGAGGAGCCAGAGGCUGUUCGAGCUCCUGAAGAAACGCAGUCAGUUUCGUCGAAGGAUACUAGCACGUCCGAGUUAUCCGAUUUCGUGACGAGGAUACCAAGACGAAAACGCGCGUCGAAUUCAUCAAGGGCACGCCCACGAAUAACAAAACAAUCUUCUACUAUUCAAUAUAAGCCAAUUAUCCCUGAAACAUUUGUAAAAACGAAUUACCUGCCAUUCAAUAAAAAUGAACAUUCUUUUGAAUCAAUGCGUUAUCCAAUUGAAGAUGGGAUUCGUAGAGAAAUUUUAUAUAGUGCGCGUGCGAGUCUUCUACCAUGUCAAAAAACAGACACAAUACCAGCCCGAAGAGGUCAUUUAUUACUGAAUUGUCCAUUGGAAGGGGCGUCAUUCUAUAUGGAUGCAAUUGUGAAAAGUGUAGCUGCUAAACUACAAGCUGACCUGUUGAUAUUUGAUAGGCAGGAUCUGAUGGAGUUAACUGCUGAUAUGUUUUCACGGAAAGCUUCAACGUCAAAUCGCAAUUCGGGAUAUGAAAAUAAAAAUUUCGGGGAAUCUUUUAAUUUCAAUUCUAACUCGAAUGGUGUAUUACGAGGAGAGAUGAAAGUUAUUAUGGAGAAAAUGGACAAGUUUUUUGAGGCUUUGAUCUCUGCUACUCCAUCAUAUACAACCGGAAUGUCUCUGGAAAUUCUUCCUACACCAAGAAUUAUAUACUUUAGAGAUGUAGGCGAUUUGAUACCGACUAAUUUCGGCACAGCACUCAUCAAUGCUCUCGUUGAUGCUGUUCAGAAUCAGCGCAGUAUUGGUGAUAGAAUUAUGAUAAUUGCAGGACAUUCCCCAUCGUUAUUCGCAAUGGAGAAAAAACCACAACCUAGUUCAUCGUCGUCUUUACUGCCCCAUGAGAUUCAAUGGGUAAAUCUUGACAUAUUUCCAAAUCCAGCAUUAUUAGUCCCAUUCACUCAUAUAGCUAUACCUCCAUCAUCAUCGAAAGAGAUAGUGGAUAAGCUGCAAUCAUUGAUAAAUGAAGAUAAAAAUAUCGCAAUUCGACAAAUCAACACUCGUAAUAUUCGAGCUGUAUGUGUAAAUAAGGGAGCCAAUUUCGAGGAGGAUGACGUUCAUGCAUUGGGAAAAAUACUGUCCAAAUUAGAAAACAUCGAAAGUGAAGUUUGGGGAUUCGAAAAAGUUCAUCGACUUGUUAUGAAUGCUAUUGGUAUUGCUCUCGAUAAUCAGAAUGUUCUAGGAGUUAAUGGAGCUGUAACUUUAGAAGUUGAACAUUUUAUCCUUGCAUUAGAAACAUUGAAAAACAAUCAGAAUCUGCGUAAAGAAUUUGUGGAGAAUGCCUCCAAUAACAAUGACCCUGCAAAUAAAGGAGUCGAAAAAAUGGUUAGUCUUGUUGGACUUGGUGAUGGAAAAAUUAAUUUGCCAGGACGCAAAAAUUUAAAAAAAGAUGAUCUUGACCGGCAUGAAAAAAGAAUAUUAAGCUGUAUAGUUGUACCAGAAAAAAUUCAAACCGGCUUUUCUGAUAUUCAUGUGUCAAGAUCAACUGUUCAAACGCUUCAAACACUUAUUACGUUGCCCUUAGUUCGACCACAAUCCUUUAGUUAUGGUGUAUUAUCUAAACAUUUCAUAUCAGGGGUUUUAUUAUUUGGACCUCCAGGGACGGGUAAAACAAUGCUAGCAAAAGCUGUCGCCAAGGAAAGUGGUAGCACAGUUUUGGACAUUAAAGCUAGCGAUAUUUAUGAUAUGUUCGUUGGAGAAGGUGAAAAGAAUGUUAGGGCAAUAUUCUCAUUGGCUCGAAAACUUUCACCGUGUGUUUUAUUUUUGGACGAAGUGGACGCCAUUUUCAAUUCACGUCGUUCUGACCAUCACAAUGGAGCACAUCGUGAAAUUAUCAAUCAGUUUAUGGCAGAAUGGGACGGACUCACAUCUCAAAAUGAAGGUGUUUUAAUAAUGGGUGCUACAAAUCGACCUUUUGAUUUAGAUGAUGCUAUCCUACGGAGAAUGCCAAGAAGGAUCUUAGUUGAUUUACCGAACGAAAAAGAUCGUGAACAAAUAUUGACAUUACACCUGCGUGAUGAGAAACUCGAUCCUUCUGUGUCACUUUCUCAUCUAGCUAAAAUUACGAAUCUAUAUUCUGGCUCAGAUUUAAAGAACUUAUGCAUUAGUGCUGCGCUAGCUGCAGUUCGAGAGGAUGCAGAGAAAGAAGUUGCUAAUGCGAAAAGCGAUAGCCAAAAUCAAGAAAAGAAGGAAGCACCACCUAUUCGGAUAUUGAAAGAGCAUCAUUUUCAACUUGCACUCAAACAAGUUACACCAUCCUGUUCCGAGGAUAUGUCCAGUUUAACGGAAUUAAGAAAAUGGGACAAACAAUACGGUGAUGGUUCGUGGAACAGAAAGAGAAGAGUAAAAGGGAUGGGUUUUGAUGGGGAAACUAGCGUUUUUAAUAGACCAAGCACCAAUACUUCUUCAAAUACAAGCCUUUAA